UGACCGCGGGCGACGCCGCUUCCGCCCGGCGCCAAGAUGGCGGCGCCCUUUGUCUGGUCGGUGUCACGGUGAGGGCCGCGGGCUGCGGGCGAGGCCCCGCCGGGCCCGGCAUGGCAGAAUCCAUUCCUGGAAAUGAGGACAGACCCCUGUGGGCAGAGGCUGCGAGGGUUGGGGCCACGUUGUUCCCUGAGCUGACACACGAGGAGGGAGAUGACGGAUGGCUGCGUAGAGACUGACCUGAACACCUGGAAAGGGGGACUCUCUGGAGGAGAGACACAGCCCUCUGGCCCUGGGUCCUCUGGAUAUCACAGGGCCAUGGAUUUCCCUCAGCACAGCAAACAGGUGCUGGAGCAGCUGAACCAGCAGCGGCAGCUGGGGCUGCUCUGCGACUGCACCUUCGUGGUGGACGGCAUCGACUUCAAGGCCCACAAGGCCGUACUGGCCGCCUGCAGCGAGUACUUCAGGAUGCUCUUUGUGGACCAGAAGGACGUGGUGCACCUGGACAUCAGCAACGCCGCAGGCCUGGGCCAGGUUUUGGAGUUCAUGUACACGGCUAAGCUGAGCCUAAGCCCCGACAAUGUGGAGGACGUGUUGGCUGUGGCGGGUUUCCUGCAGAUGCAGGAGGUUGUCAGUGCUUGCAAUGCUCUCAAAUCCCUCUCUGUGCCCCCAGAAAAUCCCCCUGGGAACCAGCAGCCCCCCGGGAUUGGAGCAGAGAAACCCGUGCUUGAUGACAAGACCUCAGUGGCAGAAGCACUGGGGGACCUUGACAAAGUUCAGCCGGCUCCUCCCGACAACGAGGGGAAGGAGGAGAAGCCGAAGGCUGUGGCACAGCCCGAGAUGCCAGCCGAGCAGCUGCCUGGCCAGGAAGGGACAGAAUCUGCCAUCCAGGAGGGUCCCAAGACUGAAAUUCCCGGCCUCCCGCAGCCGUUGGAGAGCGUGGUGGGCAGUGGAAGCCCCACGGCGAGGGAUGGCACCGGAACAGGAGAGAUGAAACUGGAAAGGAAGGAGGAAGAGGGGGAGACGAUGGUGGAGGAUGAGGCUAAAAUCCCCGAGGAAGAGCCUCCCCAGUUGGAAAAUGGAGAGAAUGCUGAGGAUAACGAGUCAGGGAGCACAGAUUCCGGGCAGGAAAACUCGGGAGAGCCCCGGCUACUGCGCUCUGGGACCUACAGUGACCGCACCGAGUCCAAGGCCUACGGCUCUGUCACACACAAGUGCGAGGACUGCGGGAAGGAGUUCACCCACACCGGCAACUUCAAGCGGCACAUCCGUAUCCACACCGGGGAGAAGCCCUUCUCCUGCAGGGAGUGCAGCAAGGCCUUCUCCGACCCGGCGGCCUGCAAGGCCCACGAGAAGACACACAGCCCGCUGAAGCCCUACGGCUGUGAGGAAUGUGGGAAGAGCUACCGGCUCAUCAGCCUCCUGAACCUGCACAAGAAGCGGCACACGGGGGAGGCCAAGUACCGCUGCGAGGACUGCGGGAAGCUCUUCACCACCUCGGGCAACCUCAAGAGGCACCAGCUGGUCCACAGCGGGGAGAAGCCCUACCAGUGUGACUACUGCGGGCGCUCCUUCUCCGACCCCACCUCCAAGAUGCGGCACCUGGAGACCCACGACACCGACAAGGAGCACAAGUGUCCUCACUGCGACAAGAAGUUCAACCAGGUGGGGAAUUUGAAGGCUCACCUGAAGAUCCACAUCGCAGACGGACCCCUGAAGUGUCGGGAGUGUGGGAAGCAGUUCACCACGUCAGGGAACCUGAAGCGCCACCUGCGGAUCCACAGCGGGGAGAAACCCUACGUGUGCGUGCACUGCCAGCGCCAGUUCGCCGACCCCGGCGCGCUGCAGCGCCACGUCCGCAUCCACACCGGAGAGAAGCCGUGCCAGUGCUUGAUCUGUGGGAAGGCCUUCACGCAGGCGAGCUCCCUGAUCGCCCACGUGCGCCAGCACACGGGGGAGAAGCCCUACGUGUGCGAGCGCUGCGGGAAGAGGUUCGUCCAGUCGAGCCAGCUGGCCAACCACAUCCGUCACCACGACAACAUCCGGCCCCACAAAUGCACCGUCUGCAACAAGGCCUUUGUCAACGUGGGCGACCUCUCCAAGCACAUCAUCAUCCACACCGGGGAGAAGCCGUUCCUGUGUGACAAGUGCGGCCGGGGCUUCAACCGGGUGGACAACCUGCGCUCCCACGUGAAGACGGUGCACCAGGGCAAGGCUGGGAUCAAAAUCCUGGAGCCCGAGGAAGGUGACGAGGUCAACAUCGUCACCGUGGCGUCCGAUGACAUGGUGACAUUGGCCACCGAGGCUCUGGCUGCCACCGCGGUCACACAGCUCACGGUGGUGCCCGUGGCGGCCGCGGUGACGGCGGAUGAGACCGAGGCACUCAAGGCCGAGAUCACCAAGGCUGUGAAGCAGGUGCAGGAGGCAGACCCCACCACGCAGAUCCUGUACGCCUGCGAUUCCUGCGGGGAGAAGUUCCUGGACGCCUCCAGCCUGGCGCAGCACGUGCGCAUCCACACGGCGCAGGCGCUCGUCAUGUUCCAGGCGGACGCCGAUUUCUACCAACCCUACGGCUCCUCCUGGCCCCCCGAGCAGGUGCUGCCCGCGGGGGAGCUGCUGUUCCGCGCCCGCGACGGCCCCUCCGAGCCGCCCCCUGCGCCCCCCGCCCCGGAGCAACCCCCCCCCGAGUGACCCCCGGCCUCUAUUUAACAGACAGCUCGGCACUGGUGUAAAAAGUGUAUUUCUGGCAGGAAAGAGAUGGAAUAAAUGGCAAUAUUUUCUAA